UGUAUGCAUUGAUGCGUGCAGAAGCGAGAGCGUAUGAGCGUGACUUCUCAGUAGUCUCGCUCACUGUCGCACCAGAGGGCAGCGCUGGAUGGAUGGACAUGUUACACUCAACAAGCGUGUGGAGUCCCCGACCUCUCCCGCCGACUGACGGACGUGCGUGUGACGCGGAGAAGUCUACUUAAACCGGAAUUAACGCAGAGGGCUGCAACCCCGCGCUCAGUUACACACAGUCGUCCUUUUAGCGCGCACUCAAGCCAAGCCCGCAGACGGCUCUCAUUGGGAGAGACGAGCUCAAAGACUGCAUUUCGCAGCUGUCAGGGGAGCGUUAGGCUUAGGGGAAGUCACAUCCACAGCACUUCCACGCGUGCCGUGGGUGGAAAAUGGUGUAUCGGUCGGAUGACUUCUUGCACUCAGAUAUUUUCCCCCUCACUUAUUUUCUGAGCACAAUCGGCGUCUGAGUGAGAUUUUCUCCGAAUGAACAGUCAUGGGAGAGUGGACCAUAUUGGAGCGUCUCUUGGAGGCGGCAGUCCAGCAGCACUCGACUAUGAUUGGAAGGAUCCUGCUGACAGUGGUGGUGAUUUUUCGUAUUCUGAUCGUGGCAAUAGUCGGAGAGACGGUGUACAACGACGAGCAGUCCAUGUUUGUGUGUAACACCUUACAGCCAGGCUGUAACCAGGCUUGUUAUGACAAAGCUUUCCCCAUCUCUCACAUCAGGUACUGGGUGUUCCAGAUCAUUAUGGUCUGCUGCCCCAGCCUUUGCUUUAUCACCUAUUCUGUCCACCAGUCUGCAAAGCAGAAGGAGCGGCGCUUCUCUACAGUUUACCUUUCCCUAGACAAGGAGCAGGACUCCAUGAAGAGAGAUGACAGCAAGAAGAUGAAGAACACUAUUGUUAAUGGGGUGGUACAGAACACAGAGAACACCAACAAGGAGGCAGAGCCUGAUUGCCUUGAGGUCAAGGACAUCCCCAAUUCAGUCCUGCGAACUACAAAGUCCAAAAUGAGAAGGCAGGAAGGUAUAUCGAGGUUCUACAUCAUCCAGGUGGUGUUCAGAAAUGCAUUGGAGAUAGGAUUUCUCGUGGGUCAAUAUUUCCUGUAUGGAUUCAAUGUCCCCGCAGUGUACGAGUGCGAUCGGUACCCUUGCAUAAAAGAUGUCGAGUGCUACGUUUCCAGGCCGACGGAGAAGACGGUGUUUUUGGUCUUCAUGUUUGCAGUCAGUGGCAUUUGUGUGGUGCUCAACUUGGCAGAGCUCAACCAUCUAGGGUGGAGGAAGAUCAAAGCUGCCGUAAGAGGAGUGCGAGCCAGAAGGAAGUCUAUUUAUGAAAUCCGCAACAAAGACUUGACAAGGAUGAGCAUGCCCAACUUUGGACGCACUCAGUCCAGUGACUCUGCAUAUGUGUAAAUAUUUGUAACACAAAAAAGCUGCAGGACAGCGGUGUAGAAAUUCGCGCAACUUGAAUAUUAAGAUGCAAUAACUAAUAAAGAAACAUACUCUACUCUUCUUAAGGUAAGAAAUGGUAGUCAUACUACCAUGGGAGCUUGUAUUACACACAAUAUCUAAGCAGUGGUGGUUCUAGCCUGUUUUUAGCAGGGUGGCCGGACUGGGUUCAUGGGUUUUUCCAAGGCGGCAGGACGACAAUCAUCGAGGGGGGGUUGCAAUGUCCAGAUAGAACAUUUUGACUGACAAGCCGGUCACAUCCUAUCCAUUUUGUUCCCUACAACCGCCACUGCAUCAAGGGACCUUUGUCUCGGACGGGACUUUUCCAUGAGACCGGCCGACGUAGCUCAUCAACAUUUGUUGUUGUUGGUUGUACACGUACACUAGUGUAUGGAUGUAGCUUCUAAGCCAGAAGGACAUUCCCAGACAUUCCUCAUAUUGCUGUGGUCAAGCUGUCAUCACAAUCCAACAAACUGAGUCAAGACAGACAUGUAUACAGAUUAGAUUAGGGAUAAAAACUUUUUUUUUCCAGCCACUUCAUCGCUUUGGAUGCCUGUGCUUGCACCACUGGCUUUAACUGGAGGUCUCCCUCUGUGUGUGUGUGUGUGUGUGUGUGUGUGCUUUUUUUAAUCACACCUAAGCGCCCUAUGUAUGUAUGUAUGUAUUUGUUUGUUUGUUUGUUUAUCAGCAUCAAGUGCCAUACAAGUACAGUACAUCAUGAACACGGUGUAUUCAUAUACCCUCUGAAAUAAAACAGGCAACGCAGCUUAAGAAAUGCAUAUCAUACAUGACUCACAGGGUUUAUCAACACAAAACCACAAAGUAUUUUUCAAAGGAGUCUGAAUUUGGACCGCUUGCAUGGGUUUCUCCAGGUACUCCGGUUUUCUCCCACCUUCCAAAAAUAGGCAUGUUAGGUCAACAAAAGAUGAACUUUUAACUGCAAAGGUGUGGCUGUUGGUAUGAAUGAUUGUUUGCUUACAUGUUUGUUGGUUUGUUUGUGAAAAGGGUUGAAGAUGAUGUGAUUAUGGGUCAAGACAUGUAUUUUAUGUAUUUUACACAUCAAUAAAAAUGCCCUGCCAACAAAUAUAGUACGUUUGAUUUUGGCCUUACGUUCUGUAACUAGAGAUCGGUUUACGAUUUAGUGCAUUUGUCUGAUUUAUCUCUACUCGUCACCGAUAUCGAUUUAUAUUUACUGAAUACCUGAAACAACUGUUCAAGGUUCCGAAUGAGCUGGAACCUAUCCCAGCUAACUUUGGGUGAGAGGCGGGGUACACCCAGGACUGGUCACCAGUCAAUCGCAGGCAGCUACAACGUUAUGGUAAAAAUAAUUGAUAGACGCCCCUCCAAAAAUAUUGCAAAUGUGAGGUCUGUUCCUUUAUUUAUUGCUGUAGACUUCACAUUGAAGAUGCAUAGGAGACAAUAGAUCAACAAUU